GUGUGAGGGGAGGAGAAGGAGGGGGUUGGCUUUAGUGUGAUUUGAAUGGGCGUGAGAGAGAGCGUGAGGGACUGAGCAAAUCAACCUGCCUCUUUUGACUGAACAACGGGAUGGAAGAGCUGAGCUCCUAGCCACACUGAUCAGAGAGGAGUUUUAUUUUUGGAGAGGGGAAGAAGGGAGCAGACAAGGGGAACCGAAGAGGGAGAAGAAGGAGAAAAGGCAUCAGAGUGGGGAUAGAUAGCAGAAAAAUGCUGUCAUGGGGAGAGGGGGAGGGAGCAGACAGAAAGGAACAGAAUGAGACCAGGCAGGGUGGAGCGGAGCUGAAAUGUGGAGGUGUCCAGUGGAAGAGACCAAAGAGAAGCAAGCAGGUGCUGAGGGGUGGGAGCUGAUGGAUGACAGAUCAGAGAGGCCAAAACACACGCAAAUCCUCCCCAACCCAGAGGACAGAGAGCUGGACCAAACCACGACUGGACCACACCACAACUGGACCAAACCACGACUGGACCACACCACGACUGGACCACACCACAACUGGACCACACCACGACUGGACCCCACCACGACUGGACCACACCACAACUGGACCAAACCACGACUGGACCACACCACAACUGGACCCCACCACGACUGGACCACACCACGACUGGACCACACCACGACUGGACCACACCAGGACCCCACCACGACUGGACCACACCACGACUGGACCACACCACAACUGGACCUCACCACGACUGGACCACACCACGACUGGACCCCACCACAACUGGACCCCACCACGACUGGACCACACCACAACUGGACCACACCACGACUGGACCACACCACGACUGGACCACACCACGACUGGACCACACCACGACUGAGGCACACCAGAAUAGUAGUCACCUGCAAAGCCAAAGCUGGAGGACGUCCUAAAGGAACUUGGAAUGGGUGUACGUUUUCCAGACCUAAAACAUAUUAUUGUAUCUGAUACAGUCAUCUAAUAGUCCUUUGCAUUUUGUUAUUGAAUGUGGAUGAAGACCACGUGUAGCCCUCUUACUCAUCAGGCUUGACACAGUGAGGAGAGAUAGUUGGAGUCGGAGUCUGAGGAACCAUGCAGUCUGACGACCUCUUUCUACGCAAGUUUUGCCGGCAGAGGCCACGACCCCCACUGACAACGGUCAACUUUGACUCUAAGCGGGAGGGUGGGGUAAGGGCGCGGGUGGUGGCAGGGGAGUGGCCCCCGAGGAGGGAUGGAACAGAUGGGGAGAGUCUUACUACUCCGAGCUGUGUGGGUCUGAACCUGAGGUCAGUGGGCCGAGGACACAUCAUGCAGAGAAGCAACAGUGACGUGACGCUGGGAGACCUGGACUCCUCUGGUAAGGCGGGAGGGAAGGCAACACGGGCGGUGGGGGAGAAGGCAGGUGCCGGGGCCCAGGAGGACUCAGGGGUGGUGCUGCACAGGGAGUAUGGCAGCCUCUCCUCACUGGAGAGACAGAUAGGUCUGUCAGGAACCCAGGAGCCGAGUGCAGAGGACCAAGGCGUUCUGAGCCCCAACGCCCUCCGCUUCAAAGACCCCUUUCUGCUGCUGGGCCUGCAGGGAACCCCCCCAGAGCCUGACGGCUUCUUCAGGGCUCUGUCCACCCCCGCAGGAGACACCCCAAAACCAGCCAAGCCCCCAAAGCCUGAGGGGCUGAGCAAGAAGGCCAAGCCCUCCCCUCCACAGAUCCCCCAACCAGGUCCUUAUGACAACCUGGGUGGAGGAGCCUGGGUCAGGAAUGUUGCCCACUAUGAUGUCCAGAGCAUUUUGUUUGACCUCACAGAGGCGGCCAGCAACCGAGACAGCAUCGGCCGCAAAAAGAACAUCACCUCAGGGGCAUCGGCUGCCUCGACGAUGCGUCCCCUCACCCAGGCCACGCCCUCGCAGAGCGGGGGCGGUGUUGGGGGGGCUGUGGAGGACCCCUCCCUGGACGAAGGAGAUGGCAUCGACAACGAGCUGCUGCUCAGCUGCCCCCACUUCCGUAAUGAGAUGGGGGGUGAGGAGCGGGCGGGCCUGGGGCAUACGCAGGGUCUGUGGCUAAGCCUGAGGAACCCCAACGAUGCGGUCUCAGUACUGGAGGAACCCAGAGAGAGCCACGUCCAACAGCAGGGCAAGAGCAACUACUUCAUAGAACACGCAGACCUGGGAGCCCACUACUACCGCAAAUACUUCUACAUGAAAGAUCAUCAGAACUUCUUUGGCAUGGAUGACCGCCUUGGUCCAGUGGCCAUCAGCUUCCGUAGAGAGGAGAAGGAGGGGUCUAGUGGAGCUCAGUAUAACUACAGGAUAAUCUUCAGAACCACUGAGCUGAAGACUCUGCGAGGCUCCAUCCUGGAGGAGUCCGUGCCCUCAGCGGCCCGCCAUACCACCCCCCGAGGCCUGUCUCCCAAGAGGCUCCUGGAGUUCAUCAUCCCAGAGCUCAACCUCCACUGCCUGCGCCUGGCCUCCACCUCACCCAAGGUCCGAGACACCCUGCUCAAGCUGGACGAACAAGGGCUGAACUUCCAGAGGAAGGUGGGGGUGAUGUACUGCCGUGCAGGCCAGAGCUCUGAGGAGGACAUGUAUAACAACGAGAGCUCGGGGCCGGCCUUCGAGGAGUUCCUGGAUCUGCUGGGGGAGCGGGUGAAUCUGAAAGGCUGGGAGAAGUACCGAGCUCAGUUGGACACCAAGACGGACUCCACAGGGACCCAGUCCCUCUACACACACUACCAGGACUAUGAGGUGAUGUUCCAUGUGUCCACCAUGCUGCCCUACACGGCCAACAACACACAACAGUUGCUGAGAAAGAGGCACAUUGGGAAUGACAUAGUAACCAUAGUGUUCCAGGAGCCAGGGGCUCUGCCCUUCACUCCUAAGGCCAUCCGCUCCCAUUUCCAACAUGUCUUCAUCAUCGUCCAGGUGGAACAGUCCUGCUCUGACCACACCUACUACAGGGUGGCGGUGACACGCUCCAAAGACAUCCCGUUAUUUGGGCCUCUGUUCCCUAAGGGUGCUCGAUUCCCCCGUUCCCCUGCCUUCAGAGACUUCCUGCUGGCCAAGGCGGUGAACGCUGAGAACGCUGCCGAGAAGGCGGAGAAGUUCCGCUCCAUGGCCACGCGGACACGGCAGGAGUACCUGAAGGACCUGGCAGAGAACUACGUGACCACCACGCCAAUCGACUCCUCCACCAAGUUCCCCCUGCUGUCCCUGGGGAGCAAACGCAAAGACAAACUGAAAGGGGCCAAGGGGGCAGAGCUGCACAGUGCUGGGGCAUUGGUCUGGGCUGUGAUGGCCACCAGUGGGAAUGAGGGGGAGACAGGAGGACACAAGCUGCCCUGUCUACUGGGGGUCUCAGCUGAAUCAGUGGUGCUGAUCGAGAGAUACACACGGAGGGUGGUGUUCAACUGCUGCUGCCGCGAUGUGAUUGGCUGGAAGGCGGUGAUAGACAGCAGGACCAUAGGCGGGCCUUGCCUGGAUAUCUUCUAUGAGAGGGGGGAGGCUGUGUCAAUCAGUGUGAUGGACAGCCAGGCGGAGGAGAUACGGGAGAUGGUGCAGAGACUGGAGUUGGUGACGCGGGGGUGCGAGGCACGGGAGGUGACCCCCCUGCGUGACGGGGUCGGCCAGCCAGGCUUCCUGAUGAGCGAGGAGGGCUUUGUGACGGAUCUGCAGCGGUUCGGCUAUGCGGAGAGCGGGGGUCUGCAGCUGGGGGCACGGGUGGUGCGUCUGUGUGGCCACGCCCUGGUGCACCUAGGACCAGAGGAAAGAACCAGACUGCUCCGCACCGCCCACAAAAUCCACAUCACCGUCAUCCCUCCAGAUGAGAACGGCAAGCCCCGCAGGAGUUUCUCAGAGUUAUACCAGAAAGCCAUCCAGGAUGCAGAGCGUAAGCCUGGGGAGGGCCAGUCUGGAGAGGCCUGGGUGCUGGACGAGAGGGAGGAGGAGGAAGACAUGGAGGAAGAGGAGCGGGAACAGGGAGAGGGGAAGGAGGCGGAGACGAUGGAGGGACCAGCAGAGGGAGGAGAGGCUGAGGACAGGCUGUCAGAGACUGGACAGGGUGAGGAGGACCAGGGGGACCAGGGCUCCCUCCUCUCCCCACCCAGCCUGCCUCUGUUACGGGCCACCUCCCUGCAGGACCACCCACUCAACCAGACCGUGGAGCUCACCCCCUCCCAGCUAACACGCAGCUACUCCCUAGAGAGGCACCCGUCCUGCCGAGACAUAUGUGACAGGCAUGUGUAUGACAACGUGGGUGUGAAGUUGAAACAUCACAUCUAUGAGAACCCAGGGGAGCUGAGAGACGCCACGCCUGACCUCAUCCUGGCUGUCAAACCCAAGAUGCCCCUGGACGAGGAGCAGGCACAGAGACACACACAGUUUGUGGGGGCUGAGUUGGGUGAGGAGAGGCCAUCAGCGAGUGACCCCUCCCUGUCCUCCACCCGGUUGUCAUGUCUGAACAGAGCGGAGAGAAACUCCCGAGCCCUGAGCCUACACAACUCCAUCACCAAGAUCCUGUCGGAGACCACAGAUUCCUCAGAGGAGGAGUGGCAGUCUAUAGCUGAUCUAGCCACAGCAUGCCGCAGCAUCCUAGAAGCCUUGUCACGUGAAGCAGGAGAUGGGACCCAAGGAGCAGACUCCCUGACAGAUGGCAAGCUAAAGGACAUGAAGGACAGUGACUCACCGGGCCACCUGGAGGAGAAGGUGUCCCAGCUGGAGGACAUGCUGAAGAGGCUGCAGGACGACUUGCAAAAGCCAUGGUGGUCUGACAGACGGGUGUUGUUGUGUGCCACUCCCUGGCAGGAGAAGGAGGACAAGGCGGUGCUGCAGGCCGAGGUGCAGAGCCUCAGGCAGAAUAACCAGCGGCUGCAGGAGGAAUCCCAGAGCACCGUGGCCCGCCUCAUCAAAGUCACCGAGCUGCUGUGCAAUGUCAACAAGCCCUGCUAGUUCUGUCACAGUACACAAUAUGUGUACACAGACACACAAACACACACAAACAAACGCACACACACACAAACAAACGCAGACAAUCAAGAUCAUAAACACAUUCCGGACACACCACAUUCAAUAUUGUAUACAAACACCCAUGCACAAUACAUCAACAUACUCUAUUACUGUUGCUCACUGUAUAUUAAUACAGACACACACACACACACAUGCAUAAUACUCUGCAUUCUGUAGAAUGAUAUUUGAACUCUGGACCAGCCCAUGAGUGUCAAACCAACUGAAAAACAUCCCUGAGUCAUUUCUCACCAUCUGAUGGUCUUCUCAAUAGCUUGACCAGUUGAGAGGCAUAUCCAGGGUUGCUCUUUACCCAAUAGUGUGUUUCUUUGUACCGUGAGUGUGCGCGUGCGUGCAUCACCAUGGUUAUUUUAUCUUGCUUCACAUACUUGACAAGUUGGGCAGAAUAGCAAUUGCGUAAAGCUACCCAAUUGAUUUAGAUGAAGAGACACAUGUGCAGCAUGUUUGAUGGCUGUUUAUUUCAAUUGACCCAAAGUGUGUGUACAGUAUGUAAACAGUAGUCUCUCUCCUCUCUGCUCAACCCUCUCCAUGAUAUGCAACGUCUCGGACUGAGAACAAACAGCUCAGCUGUGCACCAUUAGAGGGGAUGGCCUUGGAGCUACAUAGGGAAAAUGACAUGCAUGCAGGCAGCCUGCUUGAAAAGACGGACUGAUGCAUACAGACCCUGCCUCUCUCUGCCAACCUGCUCACAGAAUGGUUAGUUCAUUGUGUAGAGACACUAUUCUCUCCCCUCCCUACCGCCUCAGCUUCAUUUGAAGGGUUAUGGAACAAUAGUAUUUCACAUCUGCUUUCAGGGAAUGAGAUGCAAUUUAGUUAUAAGGGAAUUGACUCACCGAAUGCACUCAGAGAGCUGGUGGUGUUCCGUGCGAGUACUUGAGAUGGAUAUGGAAGUGGAUAAUACCUUGGAUGAGGAUGAAACAAUGGAACUUUAUCCCUUAAAGAAUGGCUGUAGAAGCUACACUGUAGAAAGUACACCUCCUGCUGGACUGAGCCAUGCAUUGCCACACGGCAGCUCUCCUUUCAAAGAAAAAAAACAUUGUAGAGAUUUAAUGUAAACUGAACAGGAUUCCUUUAGUGAACACAGCCAUCUGUGUUCAAUUAUAUUUUGUGUUUGUUUGUUUGCUGGCUACAAUGAUAAUUCGUGUAUUUGAAAUGUAUUCGGAAAGGUUCUAGAGUGGUUGACUGUGGGUGAGGGAUUCCCUCAUUUCAUCUUUCUGUGUGUGUAACUACUGUAUGUGUUUCUGCGUUGUUUUUGCACUUUUAGCAUAACCUAUAUGGGCAUGGGCCAGGGCACUAUUUAACCUCCUGCCCAGGUUUAUGCCUUGCUUGAAAAAUGAAAGUGGAUUUGAUCUCACCCCACCUCAUCUUCAGGUCCACUGCUGAUGACGCCAAUAACAAUAUGAGAUCAGAGGAGGACGGGAUUAUUCCUCCUCCAAGACUAUUCUGCCAAAAGACGCCAGGGCAGAUCUCCUACACCCCACUCAGACCACUGGACCCAGCUGUGACACGCCCAAAAUAACUAGACUUAAAAUUUGGAAGGGAUGCCAAACAAUCGUCAAUCACACUGUCUCAAUGCUACUUUUUAAAGACCUACCCUUUUACUUCCUCUUGUGAUUUUAUUUUAGAGUCACUGUGAUUGCCCGGUACCAGCAGAUUACCAUAUAUUCUAAUGAAAUAAAACAUCUAAACUUGAUCUAUAUGUGAAUAUGACAUAUACAGCUGAAGUGUUCAAUGUGACAUAGCGCAUUCGGUUGUGUAUGUUGUCCAUUGCAGGAUGGUUUAAUAUGCAGACCAGUGUAAAUGGUUUAAUAUGCAGACCAGUGUAAAUGGUUUAAUAUGCAGACCAGUGUAAAUGUGGCCGAACAGGCUGUUUGAUACAUGCUGUCUGAAAUGGUGAUGCCUUGUUGGAAAUGAUUAGUAGAGUUGAGAAGUGGAAGAAUAUCUGAUGUUUUACUGUGUUCUUCUGUAUAGUUCUUUAGAUUCUAGGAGGUUGUUGAAGCAUGAUACUGCACCAGGCAACUUCCUAGCUCCCCUCUCUCUCUGUGUGUGUGUGUGUGUGUGUGUGUGUGUGUGUGUGUGUGUGUGUGUGUGUGUGUGUGUGUGUGUGUGUGUGUGUGUGUGUGUGUGUGUGUGUAUGUAUGUAUGUAUGUAUAAAAAUGUAAUAACUUAUUAAUCUUGCAAAUGUGGAAUUUCUUGUUGGAUGUUUUAAUACAAGGGGGGGAGGGAGGAAGCAAUUACAUGUGCUAAAAAGUUAAACUGGUAUGGUGGGGGUUGGUUUUAAGGAAUAAUCUUUUUUUGUUAGAAAUUCAAGCAUAAGAAGACAGCAGGAAAUAUAUUUCUGCAAUGUUCUAGUAUUUCUUGGGGAAAUAAUAUUGGUUAUCAUUAUCAUAUUACUAUUGAGCUAUUCAUUCAGAGCUCCUACGUUCACAUUCAAUAAGGUCUCUAAAGCCACUAGGUACGUGUCAAAGAGUGACUCUCAGACUGUCCACAGAGGACCGGACAGACAACAUGGUCAGACUGGUUCAUGUGAAGGCUUCUCUCUCAGACAUUCUGCCUACCUGAAAGUGUAAUGAACGGUAACUCAGCUUGGUGUCUUCAUUUCAGUUCUUUAUGGUAGCAGACAGUGACAGGUUGUCAUGUACCCUCCAGAAUAGACAGGUGUGUCUGCCACAUGACAGACGCAGAUGUACGGUUGGUUUGUAUGGGGUCUCUCCAGGGUCCGCUCUGCAGCCCUAAUUAAAUCUAAAAGAAGACCUAGAGUAAGAUGGGUUUAGGGACCCCAGGAAAUUGUCAAAUGGGUUAUAUGAAGACGAUAUGAAGUUUGUGUUUUGUUAGGCUAAUGGGAAUUAUUCUGUAUAGCACUGGUUAAAGACCAGUAUCUCCAACCCUAUCAAAAUAUAAUCAUUUGAUGCAGAAAAACGCAACUUUCCACAAUCAUUUGGACAAGUAUAAACCAUCCUCCAAAUCACACUCUUGAGUGCACUUUGAAGACCCAUUUAUGCAUCACAGAACAUAUGUCUGACACCUAACACAGAACGUAUGUCUGACACCUAACACAGAACAUAUGUCUGACACCUAACACAGAACAUAUGUCUGACACCUAACACAGAACGUAUGUCUGACACCUAACACAGAACGUAUGUCUGACACCUAACACAGAACAUAUGUCUGACACCUAACACAGAACGUAUGUCUGACACCUAACACAGAAUGUAUGUCUGACACCUAACACAGAACGUAUGUCUGACACCUAACACAGAACGUAUGUCUGACACCUAACACAGAACGUAUGUCUGACACCUAACACAGAACGUAUGUCUGACACCUAACACAGAAUGUAUGUCUGACACCUAACACAGAACGUAUGUCUGACACCUAACAACACAUUACAGAUAGUAACAAUUCAAUAGGCUCUCACCUGCUGUAGGCUACUUCAGCUGGCAAAUGAUCUCCAACCAGCCAAUAGGAAACCUGUGAGAAAGAUCCCUGGUAGAGACAUGUGGCUGUUCCCUCCUCCCCUCCAUGCUGUAAGAGCACAGAUAAAUGAACAGUGUUUUCCUGUUAUCCUCUUAUUGGUUUGCCUUUUAUGUCAUGGCACCAUCCUUACAGGAAACCAUGGCAUCAGUAUAUGCCCUACUUACCACACAGAGCUGGAAUGUCAAGAUAGAAUACAGGACAUGAUUACCAGUAGAACUACACAUGAAGUCAUAUCCUGGUGUAGGUUUACGGCAGGCCUGGGCUACACAUCAGGUCAGAACGGUAGCACACAUUAUGCACUCAGCUCAGCCAGUUAAAGAGCUGACGUUACCAUAACCAGGCAGUGGCACACUGCGGGAAUGUAUUGUAAAACACAAAAACAUGUUUUCAGUAUGAUGCCACCUCUAAACCUGUUCUUUCCCUCACAGGAAGUCAACUGACUAAAUGUUGUUCAUGUACUGUGAACUGGAGGACAUGGCAAUAAAGAAUCCUUUAGAAGUGA